AUGAAGAAUACUGCAUCUGUUGUUGUUCUUGUUUGGAGUUUCGGUUGGUUGCCGUUGUUAUUUGGUUUUACAAAUUCAUAUACUCCAACUUCAUCUGCAAUGUACGAGUCUACAAUUAGUGAAUCUACUGUGAGCUAUAAUUAUGAUAGAAUUGAUGAAGUGAAGAAACAUUGUGCGCCUGUUCUAGCUUCUGCUACUGAUUUGAAACCUGAAGAUGAUAGAGUGAAUAAUAUUAAAGAUCUUUAUUUUGUUAAUGGGGAUUGGAGGCAGGAGGUGGGUCAAGCCCCGCUACUGCCAUAUAUUGAUCCAGGCGUUCAGAGAGGUAAUGUUUCAGAUUUCCAGACCCCCCACUGA